UAUACUAAUACGCGUCAACCAAAAAAGAAGCAGCAAAACUUUGAUUCAAGCUUCUUCUUCUUCACCUAAACGCCCCAUCCCAUCCACCACUCACGCUUUUUCAUUUCUCUCUCUCUCUCUCUCUCUCUCGAUGUGAUUCUGCAGAUAGAUAGAUACCUAACCUAAUCAACAAACCAAACCAAACCAAACCAAACCAAACCAAACACCGCACACACAAAUAUAUAAUAUAAAGUUUUCUUCAGAUAGAUCAUGCUGCGUUUGUGCUACCGUCCUCUCGAUUGUUGCUUUCGACGCCGUGGUGCCGGUGCUGACGGUCUUCUCUGGCACGCUGAUUUGAAGCCUCACGCCUCCGGCGACUUCUCCAUCGCCGUCGCUCAAGCCAAUUACAGUCUCGAAGAUCAGAGCCAAGUCUUCACCUCCCCCUCCGCCACUUACAUCGGUGUCUACGACGGCCACGGCGGACCCGAAGCUUCUAGAUUCGUCAACAAGCAUCUCUUCCCUUAUUUGCACAAAUUUGCCACUGAGCAAGGGGGGUUGUCGGUGGAUGUGAUAAAGAAGGCGUUUAGUGCCACGGAGGAGGAAUUCUUGCACUUGGUGAAGCUAUCGUUGCCCAUUAGUCCCCAGAUUGCUUCCGUAGGAUCUUGUUGUCUUCUUGGUGCAAUUUCUAAUAAUGUGUUGUAUGUUGCCAACCUCGGAGACUCUAGAGUUGUUCUUGGCAGGAGGGAUACGGAGAGCAAAAAUUCUUCCGUGGUGGCAGAGCGCUUGUCAACGGAUCAUAAUGUAGCUGAUGAGGAGGUGAGAAGAGAAGUUGAAGCUCUUCAUCCUGAUGACUCACACGUUGUGGUCUAUAGCCGGGGAGUUUGGAGGAUUAAGGGCAUUAUACAGGUGUCAAGAUCUAUUGGUGAUGUGUAUUUGAAGAGACCUGAUUUCUAUAGAGACCCAGUUUUUCAGCAAUUUGGAAAUCCCAUUCCUUUGAAGCGUCCUGUAAUGACCGCUGAACCAUCAGUCAUUAUUAGGGAGCUUGAAUCAGGAGAUUUAUUCUUGAUAUUUGCAUCAGAUGGCCUUUGGGAACAAUUAAGUGAUGAAGCAGCAGUUGAGAUUGUUUUCAAAUAUCCAAGAGCUGGAAUUGCCAAGAGACUAGUGAGAGCUGCUCUUCAGGAAGCUGCAAAGAAGAGAGAGAUGAGAUACGAUGACAUAAAGAAAAUUGACAAAGGAAUAAGACGACACUUCCAUGAUGAUAUCACUGUUAUUGUAAUCUAUCUUGAUCACCAUGCGGGCUCCUCUAGUGGUAGAUUUAAGCAAACUGCUGUUGGCUAUACAACGGCCCCUGUUGAUAUCUUUUCCCUCAAUGCGGAUGAGGCAGAACAGAGUAUGCUUGGUACAGUUGCCUAAAGAUUGAAAUUGCUUCAAAGGAUCAUAACUGACCUUAUUUGGGAUGAAAAUUUAUUUAUAGGAGAAGUUGAAUAUUGUUAGUACAUGAAGGGGAUUCUUGAGAUAAGAUGCAAAUUACUGCAUAGAUAGUAACUGGAGGUUGCUGACAGAUUCUUGCUUGUGCAGAUAAGCAUAUGUAUAGUUGUGAAGUCUUUUUUUUUUGGGUUUGAUGAUAUCAAUUUUGUUUUUCUUUGGAAAGAAAGAAAAUAAUAUUUGUAUUGAUUGGUUAGUCAUGAUAUUGAUAUCCCAGUGAUGUUCGUCAUGAAUUACGAGUACGAGGAAAGCGUUGUUGACGUUUCACCAACCAGGCAACCAGCUAGAACUGCUGGAUGGGCAAGUGGAUAUUUUUCAUAAGCGCGUUGGUGUUGCCCAUGAUAAAUGCAUGCAAAACCUUGAUUGUGUCAUUUCCACAGUAGGGCAGAAAA